GAAAAAUGGCACAUCUACGCGAAACAGCCGACAUUGCAUUGAAAAUGUUGCGUACUUUGCCGCGUGUACAACUUAGCAAUAUUCGUCCCAAUCCAAACUCUAAAAAAAGCCCCAAACGUGGACGCGCUCAACACGGGGGUGACAAACACGGCGCCGGCAACAAAGGUUCGGGGCAACGUCAAAAUUACAUGCGUCUAGGUUACGAAACAGGCAACAAUCCCUUCUAUUUGCGCUUCCCCUACGAGCCGUACUACAAAGGCCACCACAUGCGCCGUCAAUACCCGCCAAUAUCCCUAUUACAACUGCAAGUGUUGUUGGACACAAAUCGUAUCGAUGGCAAUCAGCCCAUCGACCUGACAACAUUGUGCAACACAGGGCUUUUGCAACUGCAGCCCGCCAGCAUGGAAUAUGGUUUUCAAUUGACCGAUGAAGGCAUAGAUCGUUUCAAAGCAAAAAUCUGUAUUGAAGUGCAGCAUGCCAAAGAGUCGGUGAUAGCAGCAAUCGAGCGGAAUGGUGGAGUCAUCCGCACAGCUUAUUAUGACCCCAGAAGCUUGCAGGCUAUGACGAAUCCACAAAAAUGGUUUGAGAAGGGAGUGCCCAUCCCAAAGCGUCAGUUGCCGCCAAAGGAUGCAAUUGAAUACUAUAUAUCAGCUAAAAAUCGAGGCUAUCUCGCUGAUCCGGAAGAGAUAAGUAAAGACCGAUUAGUAUUGGCACAAAAGUAUGGUUAUGAACUGCCCCGCAUUGAAGAUGACGCCGACUAUGACAUGUUGAUAAGCCAAAAAGAUCCACAACAAAUAUUCUAUGGACUAGAGCCUGGUUGGGUGAUAGGUCUAAAAGAUAAAAUUAUUGUAAAGUCAAAAGGCUUUCCCGAUGAGCAAACCAAAAAUGCUGAAUCAAAAAAGUAGUACCCAAAUAUGUUGAAACAAUUGUUGAUGUGUACAAAUAGUUUUCCUCACAAUAAAAAAUCAAUUUCGUUGCAUAAAAUAAA